AUGAAACGCUCAUCAGGAUCACUGCCCGAUGGCAUCAACUUCGUCAACGUAUGGGACAACGCAAUGAUCAGUGCGCGAAUGGUCAUUGUGCAUGGUCAGGUGCGCAAUUCUCCAGAGGGUCCCGGAUCUGUGGUGGUAUAUUUUCCGGACUUUCCGGCUCAGCGGUUUCCCAGUAUGCAUGGCUACUUUAAAGCGCUCGUUCAUCUUGAAAAGGGCGAGAACAUCUUGAAGUUUGAAGCCGAGGGCCCCAAUGGUCACAGAUCUACGGAUACGUUGCGUUUGCGCUAUCAACCGAUCGAACGAAACCCGCCCGUGCACUUUUGUUUGCUUGUGGCCAAAGAUUCACCGCUGACCUUUGAUGCGCCUGAAUACAAGAUCAAAACAGAGGGUAAUAGCAUUGACACCGCGGUUCGAAAGCUCAGAUUGGCCUCUUACAUGAUGUCUGCCUUCACGAUGGAGCAGAUGAAUCGAAACGAUAUGGGGCUGCGUACUUUUCGGCCCUACGAGGAGAAUGAGCCGGAUACGGUGUCCAACCGGGACCGAAAUGAUAAGCGUAUGACCACGCAUAUCCACAUUGUGCGUAUGGACAAGACUCUCGCCGACAUUCGCCAUCCCGAUGUGGCUCAGCAGAACUCCAAGGCGACGCGAGCCAAUGAUCUGUUCAGCUGGGCAGGAGAUGCGCUCAAAAAGUACGGGGGUCCCUUUUCUGCCAAUUUCUCCCAGGCAGCUUGUAUCUACCUCGAUACUCACUGGGAUCCGAGCCGUCAACUUGUGCUUGGCCAUGCAGCGCUAGGAGGCAACGUCAACAAUAUUCAAUUGGCGAUCUUCGGUGGUCAUACACUCAACGCGUGGCCAACAUGCAUCGAGGAUAUCCCGCGAGCCUUUUUAGAUGAGACCCGCACAGAUACCCGGGUCAUUGCAAACGACGCCAACCAGAGCGGCUCAGCCUGGGAAGCCUGCAAUAUUGGCCAGGGUGCGUUCAUGCAUGAAAUCGGCCAUCUACUGGGUUGUCCUCACGAACCCAGUGGUGUCAUGCUUCGAGGGUAUCUCAACUGGAACCGAUCUUUCAUGGCAAUUGAGGGCUUUAAUGUGCGUGAGAACCGUAAGCGAUUGGAAAUCGUCUCGUCUAAAGAUGAGGACUACUGGCACCGGCUCGACAUUAUGCGUUUCAGAUUCCAUCUCGCAUUCGCUCUGCCUGGUGAGCCAAAACAAGAGCGUUGUUCCAAGCCCGCGCUGUUCCCCACAACCAACGGGUUUUCUGCCGCUUGCCCAACUGGCAUCUAUAUGGUAGAUAUUCAUUGCGACGGCACUUCCAGAGGACACAUUGAGUUUAUGGACUGUCCAACUGAAAUUAUGCUCACUAACGAAGAUCUUGCCCAGGCAAUCGAGCCCCAACACCGCCAAAAGCCCUUCGAGAUCCAUGUGCACGGACGGCACAUGGAACAGUCCAACAUUAGCAAUCUGCAAACUUUUACCCAGAGUGCGAAAGCCGGCAAAGAUGUGCGUAGUGGCGUUGCGGGGCGAGAAGCCGGGAAUCUUGUUGAGGUGAAGCUUCCAUCCAAGCCCCUUUCUCAGGUGACUGUGUUUUCAGGUGACGCUCUUGAUGGCAUGGAAUUCACUUAUAGUGAUGGCCAAUCUGUUUUGUUCGGCAAAAAGGGAGGCUCUCCUCACGUCUACAAAGCCAACGGUGAUAGUCUCGUGGGUCUGAGCGUAAGAGCAGGCUACUGGGUCGACGCAGGCGGUGUAGUGCUGUCGGGAGGCCGCACUGCUAUCACAGGUGGACCCGGUGGAGGUGUGAUAGAUUUGAUUCCGCCCCGUGGUUAUCGUCUGACCGGCGUGUUUGGAUACUUUGAGAGCUGGUGUCAAGGAAUCGGUGUUUUAUAUCAACCCUAG